AUGGAAUGGCUGCUGGCGAACCCGCAGAUCAACAGCACCUUCGGUUCGCUGGGCACGUUCGAAGACGAUGUGUACCACGUUAGCGAGGACUGCCUGGUCACACUGGAGGAGAUCAUCUGUAAGCUGGCGGUAGAGGAUGCGACCCUGCGAACAUUUCGCCGGGCGAUUGGCUUCGGGCAGAACGUCAAGAACGACAUCGUGCCGCUGCUGGUGAACGCGAAGGAUGUGAAGAUCAUCGACACCAGCAUCCGGUUGCUGGUGAACUUGACCGUCCCGGUCGAGUGCCUGCUGCCGGUGGAUCUGGUCUCAAAGUCCGAGAUCGGGCGGCACACGAUCUUCGAGCUGAACAAGCUGCUGAUCACGAGCAAGGAGGCGUUUGUCGAGUGGAAAACCACCAAGGCGGUGAUCGACCACAUGAAGGGUAUCCUCGAGCGGGACACAAAGCUCUCGAUACAGCAAUGCGACAGUGUUAACAACUGCCUGCUGUUGCUGCGCAAUAUCCUGCACGUGCCCGAGAUGGGUACGGGCGUGGGAUCACACGCGGGCAGCUAUCCAACAGCGGGCCACAACACCUCCUUCCAGAAUCAGAUCAUCUGGAACCUGUUCACGCAGAGCAUCGACAAGCUGCUGAUCUACCUGAUGUCGUGCCCGCAGCGCGCCUACUGGGGCGUAACCAUGGCGCAGCUGGUGGCGCUGAUGUACAAGGAUCAGCACAUCAGCACGCUCCAGAAGCUGCUCAAUCUGUGGUUCGAGUCGACACUCUCGGAGAGCUCGGAGGACAACGAGAGCAACACCUCCCCGCCGAAGCAGUGCAGCGGGGACUCCAGUCCCAUGCUCACGUCCGACCCGACGUCCGACUCGUCCGACAAUGGCAGUGGCAAAAUGCCAUCGUCCAUGAGCAAGGAAUGUGCGUCCGAGGUGCCACCAACGACGCGCAUGGUUUCCGACUUCCCGACGCAGAUCGUGCUCUCGCGGGCGAUCAAAUCCCACCAGAUGUACCACCAGACGCUGAAGGCGAACGCUGCGGACGGAUGCACUUCGAACGGUUCGACCUGCGGAAAUUGUAACGGUGGCCCCGGUGGUGUUUGUGGUGUGAGCGGCAAGUCGUCCUGCAUCGGUGGUGUCCUGCAUCAGCAGUGCGAACAUCAGAAGACCGCGUGUGCUGGCGAGGCGCAGGAAGUUAGCCGAAACUUUACCAAAAAGUCCAAGGGAGGCAAAUGUCUCGAGACCUCGGUGGCCGCGAUGGCAAAGGAUCAAGCUGCGAAGGACAAUGCGCAUCAGCCGCAGCAACCGGAUCACAUGUCCAGUUGCUCACCUCAACAGCAGCAGCAGCAGCAGCAGCAACAGCAACAGCAGUCGCAGUCUCAGCAACCGAAGUCUCCAACGCAAUCACAACCGAUGAAUACGUCUGGUAGUACACAAAAGCAGAUGCAAGUGUCACUGUCGGAGAACUCCGAUUGCGGAUAUGGUACGCAGGUUGAGAAGGAGUCCAUCUCCACCUCGAGCAACGAGGAUGACAGCCCGCACCAGAAACCGAUUCAUCAGAAGCCACCUUCUAACCAAAAGCAACGCUUCAACGCGGCCAACAAACAGCGCAACCCAGUGUCGGUGCAGGAGAAGAAGGAACUGCGUCGAAAGAAGCUGGUGAAACGUGGCAAGAGCAACAUAAUCAACAUGAAGGGUUUGAUGCAUCACGUCCCGACCGAUGAUGAUAUAUCUCACAUCCUGAAAGAGUUUACGGUCGAUUUUCUGCUCAAAGGAUACGGCUAUCUCGUGCACGAGCUGCACACGCAAUUACUGUCGGAUCUGCAAGUGCAAAUCGAUACGUCACACUUUUUCUGGUUGGUGACGUAUUUCCUGAAGUUCGCCACCCAGCUCGAGCUGGACCUGGAACACAUCAACAGUGUCCUUUCGUUCGAUAUCAUCAGUUACCUAACGUACGAGGGUGUGAUGCUGUGCGAGCAGCUCGAACAGCUUAGCAGAGCUGCCGAGACAGACAUCAAACCUUGCCUGCGAAGGAUUCAUUUGGUUGUAACCGCGAUACGGGAGUUUUUGCAAGCCCUGGAUACAUACAAAAAAAGCACGCAUUUAACGAAGGAGGACAAAGAGAAGCUGAAGCUGCUCCAGUUGCAGAUUAGCUGCACGGAGGAUUUGCGCUGCCUGUUUGUGUUGCUGCUUCGAUGCUACAAUCCAAACAUCCAGAGCCGCCAGUAUCUCCAGGAUUUGAUCGUGACCAACCACACGCUGCUGCUGCUGCUGGAUGGGGUCCGGGAGUUGACCGUCGAUGGCACGCCGGGAGACAUGCUGACCCACAUCAAACAAUUCGCCACGGUGGAGAUAAUGCAUCAGUACGGUUUGCUGCUGGAGGACUUCCGUGAGAAUGGCGCGUUCGUGAACGAUUGCAUCUUCACGAUGAUGCACCACGUGGGCGGUGACUUGGGCCAGAUAAACGUGCUGUUCCAGCCGAACAUACUCAAGACGUACUCGCAGAUUUGGGAGACGGAGUACGAGCUGUGUGACGACUGGUCAGACUUGAUCGAGUAUGUCAUACACAAGUUCAUCAACACGCCCCAACCAGCUCCGCUUACGCUCUCGACGACACUACCCGAGAUCAGCACACAGCUGCUGUCAAGCAACUUGCUCGUCACCUGGACGCAGGAAGAAAAGGAUUCACUCCACUGGUACUAUGUGCAGUGCCGCCAGAGCAAGUGCGUCGUGGCCGACAUUCUGAAGCUGUUCCAGGAGAACGGCAACCAGCAAAAGACGCGUCUGUCGAUCAUCGAGCAGCUGCUCGAGCAGAACAUAAUCACGCUGAUCCAGUACGACGACCUGAUGAAGGUGGAGAAUCCGGACUACGAGCGUAACGUGCAGACACCUGCUCUGUCGGUCGCUUCGGCCGAUUCACCGAAACCGGAGGAUGGCGACUUUAAGUCCUCGUCCAAGGCGGUUGAUGACAUACAGGUGUUGCGCGAUCGGUUGCAGAAGGAAAACCGUGGGAGACUGAUCGCUUGGCUUCAGAAGAGCUUGCUGGAUUGUUGCUUCGUGAAGUUGAACCUGCUGAGUGGCAACGUUUACGUGACGGCCGGCAUCGGUGGCGUCGUCGUUAUGGAGCCGGUGUCUUACCAUUGCAUCUUGAAAAAGAAGUCCAUUCCGGUCGUGCCGUGGAAUCAGGACCAGUUCGCUAUCCUGUCCUACCAGCCGUUCAUUCUGCUGCUGCACAAGCUCGGUUUCCAUCUGCCCGCCGACGCGAAGAAGAUGUUCGUUCGCAUUCCGGAGUUCUGGACGGCUGACAUCCUGUACAACAUCGCGCUCAAGCUCGGACCACUGGACAAAUCGAUUCUCAAGUUCGAUCUCAAGUACCUCAACAAGGUGCUUUCGAUGGAAAAGCAAGCAAAGGCCGACCCUUGCCCGCCGACCGAUUCUCGGUUAGAGAACUUUGGAUUAUCAAGGUACACUCCCCAGAUCACGACCAACUGGCUCGACGUGGUAAUGCGGAGUAAAGCCGCGCAAAGCAAGCGUAAAUUAGAUCUGCCCGGCCCCUCAAAGGUUAUCGAUGCGGCCAACGCCACCCAUCCGAGCGUGACGCUGAAGUCGGGUGGAAAACCACCGACCCAGUCGAAAAUGCUGCCCGACCUUUCGAUCAUCGUCGAGUCGAAUGACGAUGAUGAUGACGAGCUGCCGGCGGACGAGGACGACGGGCUGGACAGCACGGAGGUGCCGGUGCUGGAGGAGCACGACGUCGUCAGCGCUUGCGAGACGGCAUCCGUCGCCUCGGACUUGACGCGCAUGUACGUAAGCGAUGAGGACGACAAGCACGACAUCGUGCCACCGAUAAUGUAAGGAAACAUCCAUCCCCUCGGCAUCGAAAGCAGCUUGCUACAGGAAAUGCGGCCAUCCUUGAGGCUGGCCCUCGCAGCUGGGGGUCCUCGCAGCUAAAAGUAUUGAUUUCCGCUCAGUCGAUAUGAAUUCAAUCAUUCCUGCAUCCGGUAUCUGAAAGCGUCCAAUCCAACGCACAUACACACACCGACACCCAUGCGACCAUAGAAAAUAGCAUUCCCACACAGCAUGUUGCAUUUUACAGAGAACUUGAAUCAAUGUUACAAAAGGUCAAGUAGGCCGGUUAAAAGUAAACUAAUCUACUGCUAACCCUCUAAGGCGAAAAGCCUCCGUCUCCGUCUCCGUACACUGGAAGUGAUCCUGCUAACCGUCAACUAAUUGUUCAAAUAUAGUCAAGCUAAGCGCGAUCUAAAUCAAAGCGCCCUGUUUUUCCGAGCCAUACAACCUUCUCUUUGGUACCGUUGCACCAACGAGAUUGGACUAGUUCCGCAUUAGCACUGUUGCUCUAUUGCUCAACCGUGUGACACAAUAAGUUGUAGUUUUAAUGACAGAUUUAAACUAAAAGGAAAAGCAUACACAUACACACACACACACAGCACAGAUGUAUCUUAAUGUUGAUAACUUUUGCUCUCCAACGGCUGUUAAAUUCAACGCGGGAAAAUGAUCAGAACCUAAUUACCCGGCUGAAUUGUGAGGUGGAACGAAUCAAUCGUGUGACGAUUUACAGAGAAAAAAAAAGAAAUCUAUUUCUUACAUUGCGGUUCGAGGAAUUGGAAUGAGUGUUGAGGCAGGAUCCCAGCCUCCGGUGGGGAUUAUAAAAGUUACCUAAGCAAUCUAUGCCGCUGGAUCGUGGUUAAAGUUUGCAUUUCCAUUUGGUUCCUUAUCGUUUCGAGGAAAAGAAACUGCUCAGAGCAGUGGCCGUUAGGAGUGCCGAUGUACUGUUGGAUUUAUUUCCGGCCUCGCCGGAGAAAAGCGGGGUAAGGACGAAAGCAAGACUGCAAGGAACCUGGAACCAAUCAAAGUGCUACUUGACAAACUUUUGACGACGGUACAAAUCGCGUUUAGCGUUGGACGAGAGCAUUAUUUAUACAGGGAGUAAGAUACGCUCUAACACAACGACGGCGCUAAAGGUUGCUGGAGCAACUCGAAUAGGAUUGAUGCAAAGCUGCUGCAGGUUGGUUGAUCCUUGGCUGACGUCAGAGUCAGAGGCGCAUCCGUUACGGAUCAGUGUAGUUUGUAAGGUGAAAGGAAACCGUUGAGCUUAUGAAACUGAAACGAACCAUGGAAAUUGAAGAGCUUUUAAUAAUGCACUACUGCACGGAUAAAAGUACACCUCGGGAGGUGUGCGGCGUGCGUUAAAUACGUUUAUGUAAAACAGGUUUAAAUGAAAGAAAAAAUAUAUGUAGUUAUUUGUGGA